GUCAUGGACCCCAUUUAGCCCUAAAAGAGGAAGAAGGAAAACCUCCGUCUUCGACUCUGAUUUGCAGCGAAAAAUUGAAGACUCAUUUCUCAAAGAAAUCUUUGAACCAAAUUCACUUUUGAGUAUGGGACGAGAGUUGGCUCAACUCUUUUUUGGCAAAUAUGAAGAAAAUACUGAAGCUUUAAAGGGCCCUCACACACUGAGUGUUGCAGUUGGUGGUGGGGUUCAAGGUGAAGGACAAAGUAAAGGUAAGCCUUUGCAGUCGCUUUCUCUUGGAAAAUGUUUGUUUAUAAAGUUUUCUAGUUUGUUGUUGACUGGGAUUUUGUCCAUUUUCCAUGAGGGGACAUUCGUGGCUGGACCUCCAUUUAAGUACAAAGGGGGAAUAUGUACAGAACAGGCAUUUGACUGUGAUAGGUUGAAUGUUGAUGUCAUCAUGGAUUUCAUUGUAGGUGAUGAUAGUAUUAGGGAUGUUAUGAGGAUUGUUAGAGAAGAGAUGAUAUGUGAGUUUUAUGUGGACCAUGAGGUUAAUUUUGCUGAAAUUGCUCCUCUACCAAUAGGUUGGAUUGAUAAUGAUGUAGUUUAUGAGGAUUGGGGACCACAAGAUAGAGUAGGCCAAAAUGGUAACAAUGAAGUUAAUGAGGGAGAAAAGGAAGUAAUAGAGGUGGCUAUGAAGAAGAGUUUUCUGUUGGACUGGAGCUCAACAGAUGAAGAAGCAGAUCCUGUUGAUGGUAGUGAUAGAGAUGAUGAUGAAGCCAUUGUUGUGAAGGCUACUGCAAGGUCUCUAAGGAGACCAACAGAAGGAUUAGAAGUUCCUCCAGGUUUUGAGGGUUCAAAAACAGGGGUUAGGUACAAAACUGUUGCAAAGAAACCAACUCUUAGAUCUACUCCCACAAAGAAAGCAACAGAUCCAACCUCAACAUCUACAAGCAAAGGGGUUCCAAUAGAUCCUGUUGAGAAGGCCAGAAGGAGAAAGGAAAAGGCCAAGCUUGCAGAGAAGAGGUAUAAAACAUUGCCACAAGGUAGAGAGUCUUACAAGGGGAAGGACUUAACCCCUAAAAAAGGAAAGAAGGGAGAACUAGUACAUCCAUCCCAAUCAGUUCUAGUUGAUAAUGAUGAGUGCUUAUACAAUGAUAAUGAUGGGAGAGAUAGUGAAUAUGCUCUAAGUGAUGAUGCUGGCAAGUUGAGGGACUCAUCAACAGAUUCUGAACAUGACAUUUUUCCUGCUCUUAGGGCAGCAGAUAGACCAAGAAGAGCUUCAAAUGUCUACUUUAAUCCUGCUUGGGAUGUCCCUAUUUUUGAAGUUGGAAUGAGGUUUCAAAGUUCCAAACAAUUCAAGGAAGCAGUCAAACGUUAUUUUGUGAGGAAAGGAUGUCCUCUUAUACACAUUAAGAAUGAACCUAAAAGGCAAAGGUUUGUUUGCAAGUCUGGUUUGUGUAGCUGGGAGAUUUAUCCUUCAUUUGAGAAGAGGGACGACGGUUUCAAGGUAAAGAGUUACUACCCUGAACACACUUGCUUCAGAAAUCCUAACAACAAGAUGAUGACUUGUGAGAUGGUGGCUGAGCACUUCAAAAGUAGAAUUUAUGCCACUCCUUUCAUAAAAUGUAAAGACAUGAUGACAUUUGCUUAUAAUGAGCUUAGGGUAAAUGUCAACUUCAAGAAAUGUGAAAGGGCAAAAAGAAUGGUUUUAAAGGAUAUGGAAGGAAAUUAUAGAGAUGAGUAUGCUACGAUUAAUGCGUUUGGGAUGUACUUGAAAGAAGUAAACCCUGGGAACUCAGUUUUUAUUACAACUGAUGAGAAUUCUGCUGGUCAAAGAGUGUUUAGCAGGAUGUAUGUGUGUUUGAAAGCAGUUAGUGAUGGUUGGAAAAAAGGAUGUAGACCAAUCUUUGGGGUUGAUGGUUGUUUUCUUAAGGGAAUAUGCAAGGGCAUACUGUUAUCUGCUGUUGGUAGAGAUGGAAAUAACCAGAUGUACCCAAUUGCAUGGGCUGUCGUUGAGUCAGAAAACAAUGAUUCUUGGCAAUGGUUCAUGGAAAAGCUUGCAAAUGAUUUGGAGUUGGGCGAUGGACAACGUUACACCAUGAUUUCUGAUAGACAUCCAGGCAUUAUUAAUGCAAAGGCAGAGGUAUUACCAUUGAUUUGGCAUAGAUAUUGUGCAAGGCACCUCUACUACAAUCUUGCAAGGCGAAAUAGAGGUAGUGACAUCAAGCUCGCAUUUUGGGUAGCAUGUAGGGCAACCAAUGAGUUCGACUAUCUGGACAAAAUGAAUGCUUUGAGGGUGUUGUCUGAGGAGGCUUAUGCUGAACUGAAUGAACUGCUUGGUAAUUUCUGGUGCAAGGCCUUUUUUAAUGAGCAUUGUAAGUCUGAUAUGGUCGAUAAUAAUAUGUGUGAGACUUUUAAUGCAUGGAUUUUGGGUGCAAGAUGCAAGGCCAUUAUUUCAAUGUUUAGGACUUUAAUUGACCAGCUCAUGGAGAGAUUUAAAGACGAAAAGUUGUUUGUUGAUACAUGGGCAACUAAUAUUGCACCUAGAGUUCUGAAGAAGAUUAAUGAUAAUAAUAACUUGUCAAUAAAAUGCAAUGUGAGGUGGAAUGGUGACAAUGACUUUGCUGUGUUUGAUGGGCAUACACAGCAUACACAUGUGGUCAAUGUCCAUGAAAGAAGUUGCUCAUGUAGAGAAUGGAACCUCACUAGAAUUCCUUGCUCACAAGCUCUUUGUGCAUUAAGAUUCAAAGAUUGGAGUUUUGAGUACUUUGUUGAUGAGUACUACAAAAGGGAAAAGUACCUUCAAACUUAUGGGACAGCACUAGAAUGCCUCAGAGGGAACGAAGUGUUGAGGAGGAGGCCAGAAGGAGGAUGUUUGCCACCGGAGAUGAGAUUAAUGCCAGGGCACCCUAGAAGGAAUAGAAGAAGGGCAAAGGAUGAGCCUGUGAAACUGAAGAAGGGGAAAUUGACCAAGUUAUCAAAGCAUGGAUCUGUGUACACUUGUAGUGUGUGUGGUGAACAAGGGCAUAACAAAGCUGGAUGUCCACAGAAAGACAAAGAACAAGCAAGCCCUAGUCAAACCAAGGUCAAGAAAACAGGUAAAAAGAGUUCAAAUCCCACAAAAAAACCAAAAGCAGCAAAAAAGAGCACAAAGUUUGGUAAAAAAGGUGAUACUGUCUGUUUGGGAGGGGUAGAAGGAAGAACAAGAAAAGCAAAACGAAAGCUUAACAAUAGUUUCAUGGAGGCUGCUGGCAUUGUCAUCGAUGAAGGCAGAGCGGUAGUGCAGAACAAACAGGGUUCAAAAGGAAAGGGAAAGGAUAAGGCUUGAGAGAGCAUGAAGGCUGGUUUUUGAUGGCAUGACUACUUUUUUGUUUAUUGGCAGUGUAUACAGCUACUGAUUUGGCCUUUAAUGUUAUACUCUUAUUUAUGUAUGAAAAAUGUAUUCAUGUGCUCGUGAACAAUCUUAUUUUGGUAUUAUGCUUAUGUGUUUUUGAACAACCUAUUGGUGCUAUGAAGUACAAUGUUCUUUUGGUUCUUUUGUUUGUUACAAAAUGUUUAUCAUCUGCUGUUAUUCUAU